AUGGCCGCCCUGUGUUUAGCAGAGGACCAGUUUGAGGAAGCAGCAGAUCUUCUGUCUGCGGACCCCGGGGCCUCCACGCUCAGCGCGUCUGCAUCCAACGACCCGACCACUGCGGCCGGAGCGGCAGCGGGGGAGGACAUCAAACUGGACCUGUCUGAGGACGAGGACGCUCGGGAGGAGAGUUCAGAGCUUCUAGGAGGACAGAGAUCAGGUGGAGGAUUCUGGACCUUUGAGUACUACCAGUCCUUCUUCAACGUGGACACGGUUCAGGUUCUGGACAGGGUGAAGGGCUCGGUGCUGCCUCUGCCUGGAAGGAACUUUGUCAAACAUUACCUGAGGAACAACCCAGACCUGUACGGUCCGUUCUGGAUCUGUGUGACUCUGGUGUUCUCAGUAGCCAUCAGUGGGAACCUGUCGUCCUUCCUCAGAGAGGCUGGCGGCGCCACGGGGCCCCACAGGCCCCAGUUCCACAGAGUGACCAUAGCGGCGCUGGUGAUCUUCCUGUACGCCUGGCUGGUUCCGGUGGCUCUGUGGGGGUUCCUGACCUGGAGGCGGGCCUCUGAGAGGCAGCAUGGAGGCUACUCCUUCCUGGAGACCGUGUGUGUCUACGGCUACUCCCUGUUCAUCUACAUCCCCACCUCGAUCUUGUGGAUCCUACCAUACGAGUGGCUGCAGUGGACGCUGACCGUGGUUGCCAUGGUGAUCUCUGGCUCGGUUCUGGCCCUCACCUUCUGGCCCGUCGUCAGGGACGACAGCAGAGCGACGGCGGUGGCCACGGUGGCGACCAUGAUGGUGCUGCACACUCUGCUGGCCGUCGGCUGUAAGAUUAGUAACCUUGAACCUCUGAAGGUUUCAUCAGCAGACGAGACGCUGAACUGCAGAACGAAGGGGAAGCUAACGGAUGUUCAGGCAGAAACGACGCUGCAUUCCUCCAUGCUAACAGGCUAA